GACAAUUUCAGGUAUGUCUUGAAUGAAUACAAAGGAGCACCAGGUACAAAAAAAUUCAAGAAUCUACUAUCUGGCGAGUUGCUGUCAAAGAGGUAGCACGGACAUCAAAAUGUAGAGUCCUCCAGAGUCUUGCAACUGUGCAUAAACCUUGUAUUUGGCCACCACUAACCAAUGCUCACAAGCAGAAACGUCUGCAUUGGGCAGAAAAAUACAUGAACACUAAUUUUCAAACAGUCCUGUUCACUGAUGAGUGCCAUGCAACCCUGGAUGGUCCAGAUGGAUAGAGUAGUGGAUAAUUGGUGAACAGCCACCCUGUUCUAACAAGGCUGCAACGUCAGUAAGGCGGUGGUGGAGUCAUGUUUUGGGCCUGAAUCAUGGGAACAGAGCUGGUCGGCCCCUUUAGAGCCCCCGAAGGUGUAAAGAUGACCUCUGCAAAGUAUGUGGAGUUUAUGACUGACCACUUUCUUCCCUGGUACAGAAGGAAGAACUAUGCUUUCCGUAAUAAAAUCAUCUUCAUGCAUGACAAUGCACCAUCUCAUGCUGCAAAGAAUACCUCUGCAUCAAUGGCUGCUAUGGGGAUAAAAGGAGAGAAAGUCAUGGUGUGGCCUCCAUCCUCCCCUGACCUCAAUCCUAUUGAGAACCUUUGGAGCAUCCUCAAGCAAAAGAUCUAUGAGGGUGGGAGGCAGUUUACAUCCAAACAGCAGCUCUGGGAGGCUAUUCUGACAUCUUGCAAACAAAUUCAAGCAGAAACUGUCCAAAAA